GGCAGUAAUGCACACAUUUAGUUUCUUGCUUACUGCCAAAAAAAAUGACGGAAAGAAGAUAAAUAACGGAACAAAAGAACGGUCCUUCAGUUAAAACUGUUCUGCAGCAGAGAAAAGUCUCUCAGUGUUCAGCAGCUGAUAGAAGGACAGGAGAUGUUGGUUCUGGAACUGGUUCUGAUCAUUGUGCUUCAGUUUGAAGGCAUCAGAGGACAAGUCCUUUUUCUCUAUCACAAACCUGGAGAUGAUGUCGUUCUACCUUGUAACAGUCCUUCAUUUUAUUAUUCAUGCUCCAUUGUUAACUGGAUAUACAGCAGAGAUACAAACUCAAGCUUUCCGUUGGAGGUUCAGGAUGGAAAAGUUGUUCAGAGUUCACCUCGAGCUGCCAGGUUAAAUGUGGACAGUAAAUGCUCUCUGAUCAUCAACAACAUCACUGCUGAGGAUGCUGGAUGGUACACCUGUCGACCUGAUUCAGGAAUCUUUGAUGUCUAUGUACAUCUGAGUGUUUUGACCGUCUCUCCAUCUCCACCAGGUGCUGAUCCAACAAAGGAUGGAGAUUUCACAUUACAGUGUUCUCUGGAGACAUUCAGAGGGUUGGUUCCUUGUCCAGAGAAGAGCCUCCUCUGGGUGGAUGAGACAAGAAGUGAGCUGCUUGGUGAAGGUGUUGGGUUCAAGUCUGGAGGACAGACUGGCUGUGAUUCUAAUCUCACUGUGAAGCUUCAGAGCAGCAGUAACAGAAGAUACACCUGCCAGUUUGUUGAGGACAACACAGUGAAGGUAGAAGCUCACUACACACCUGUGUUUAAAGUUAUCAGGGGAGAAGGAGUCCAUAUCUACCACAGAGCUGGAGAUGAUGCUGUUCUGUCCUGUAAAAGACCUUCAUCGUCUCUCUCAUGCUCCGCUGUUGACUGGUUUUAUACGAGAGCUGAAAACAUAACGCGUCAACAUGAAGUUCAUGGAGGAAAAGUUCAGAGUUCAGCUCGAGCUGCCAGGCUGAGGUUGGACAAUAACUGCUCUCUGAUCAUCAACAACAUCACUGCUGAGGAUGCUGGACGUUACACCUGUCAGCUUUGGGAUGGAGGACGCUUUGACACAGAUGUGUAUUUAAACAUGAUGAGCAGAGUUCCUGCCAACAGAACCAUCAUCAUCCUUGGAGCAGUGAUCUGUGUUCUCCUGCUGCUGGUGGUUCUUGCUGCUGUUUUUAUCAAACCCAGGAAAACCAGAGUUAAAAAGGAUCACAGCACCACAACAGAAGAUCAAGAUUCAGCCCAUGAGAGUCAUCAUCAUGAUGAGGUGCAUUCCAUUGUGAUCUAUGCCACUGUUGACCAUUUUAAGGACAGAAUGUCUAAUAAGAUAAAGGAUGAGGUGUAUUCCAUUGUGACCUAUGCCACUGUUGACCAUUUUAAGGACAGAAUGUCUAAUAAGAUAAAGAGGAGGGUUAUUUUUAAACCAUAAAACCAUGUGAAUGGGGCCGGACUGAACAGCUCCAUUAUGCACAAGGUCAAACAGGACGAAGACUCUGUGACUUAUUCUGCUGUCAGGACUAAAAAUAAGACGGAGGUGAACAUCGACCCCUGCAGUCUCUGCAGCAGCAUCGCUAAGACAAAAUGAACCAAAUAAGGAAAUAAAACGUCUCUUCACACCUUAUUGAACCAUUUUCCAGGAAGUGGACCGUUGGGUUUAAGUGUCAGUGAUACUAACACAUUCAUUUAUAGCUGGUGUUGCACCGUUUGCUGUUGCAUUUAAUGAGUGUAAAUACAAUCUGAGCAGAAACAUACAGUUAGUGAGUUAUAUGAUAGAGCUUUGUUAUAUAUGUGGACUGUAAAUAGUGAAACAAAGAGAUUCAAUAUCAAUAUUCAGUAACUGGUUAAUUUAUGAACAGAACUAAAAUAAUCCAAAGUAUUUUAUAUUUUAUUGUAAAUAAACUCAUCAUCAUUCUGUAAAAUACAACUUUCUGCCAGCAAAGUAGAAACUAACUCAUAUCAUCUUAGAGGUGUGCAAUACCGGGAAUUUUUAUUCGAUCCGAUACCAAGUAAAUACAGGGGCAGUAUCGCCGAUAUCGAUCCGAUACCAAUACUUUUAACAUUUCAGCUUGAUGU